GGAGGGUGUGAGUGUGUGCAUGGAAGUCUGGCAGCGGUGUGCGUGUCAUACCGUGUUGCUAUCUACGUGAGGGCCUCUGUGUGGUGGUUAGGAAGGCAGUUUUGUGUUGACCGUGUCCGGCCGAAGACGCAGAGCACCAUGGCUCCUGUAUGUGACCUGCCACCUCACCUGUCCCGCUUUGGGCUUCUGGGAAUGACAGAAGACCAGGAGAGGUGGAAGUGGUGUGUGGUGUUCCUGGAGUCAGUGUCUGUGGAAGUGUCCAUUCGCGGCUUCGUGGCCCAAGUGACUGCCAACAUGGUGUAUCACAACACUGCCGCACACCCACUGCAGGUGCAGGCGGUGCUGCCUGUGGAGGAGGGCGCAGCCGUGUACCACUGUGAGGCGCAGCUGGACGGCAGAACCAUUGUGACUCACUGCAUGGAGAAGAAAAAGGCAGAGAAGGUGUACAAGGAGGCUUUGAAAGAGGGGAAGACUGCCCUCAUGACACGAGAAGACCCUGACUCAAGCGACAUUCUCACGCUUAACCUCGGCAACUUUCCUGCGGGAACGAGGGCCAAGGUCACCCUUUGUCUGGUGAUGGAGUUGAGGGUUGAGACAGACGGCGCCAUCAGCUUUGUUUUGCCCACAGUGCUCAACCCGCGCUACACCCCUGCUGACCACCCUCGCAGGCAAGAUUGGGACUGGAGGAGGGAGGAUCGAGGGGUGUAUGUGACACAGCCUUACUCCAUGGAGGUGAAGGCACAAGUAUGUGGUAGCCACCAGAUAUCUCGGAUCGUCUCCCACACUGACCCACUCAACGUGACCCUGACUGAUGAUGCCAUGUCUGCCCAGGUGAGCCAGGACGGAGGGUUCAGCUGCGACCACGACUGGAGCAUGCUGGUGUACUACAGGAGUGCCUACCGGCCCCACCUGUUGCGGGAGACCGGUGAACGCUCUGCCACUGGGAUCAUGAAGGAUGACCUGCUCAUGCUGAACCUCUUCCCAGAGGUGCCCACCAACACCUACUCCAGCAGGAAUGAGAUUAUCUUUGUCAUCGACCGCUCAGAAAGCAUGCAUGGGCAAAAGAUAGAGAGUGCCCGGGCAACACUUCUUCUGUUCCUGAAGAGUCUGCCUCUGGGUUGCCUCUUCAACGUUGUCAGCUUCGGCUCAUCCUUCUCAGUGCUCUUCAAGAAGGGGAGUCGUGUGUACUCAGAGACAACGCUGCGUGAGGCAUGCCAGCUGCAGGCUGCGAUGAAAGCCGAUAUGGGGGGCACAGAGAUCCUGGCGCCACUCAAGGACAUCUAUGACAAGCCACCCACACCUGGCUACUCACGACAGAUCUUGCUCAUCACGGACGGGGAGGUCAGCAAUGUGGAUCAGGUGAAAAAGUUGGUGGGGCGCCACGCACAUGAGACAAGGCUGUUCUCUGUGGGCAUCGGACAUGGGGCAUCCACUGCUCUGGUGUGUGGAGCAGCCAGGGCAGGGCGUGGGAGGUCAGAGAUGGUCGUACAGCAAGGACCGCUGCAGCAAAAGGUGAUGGGCCUGGUGACCUCCAUGGUGCAGGAAAACAUUCAGGAGGUGACUGUGGCCUGUGAGGUGGAGCCGGCCUGCAGGGUGACGCUAGUACCCAAGGUGCCCCCCGUCAUCUUCGGCGGCCAGCACCUCAUCCUCUACGCCAGGGUGCCCCCCGCCACGCAGGUCAAGAAGAUCACAGUGCGAGGUCAGCUUGGCGCCAGUCCCAUCCUGAACACAAUGGAGGGGAAACAUUUAACUGUGGUGCACGACGAGGCCAAGUCCAUCCACAGGCUGGCGGCGCGCUCCCAGAUCCUGCAGUGGCAGCUCGACGAGGAGGAAGGCGUGGCAGAGGACAUGGUGGCGCUGAGUGUGGCGAGUGGUGUGGUUUGUUGCCACACAGCGCUGGUGGGCGUGGACCAGGAGUCAGGGAAGCCUGUGCCUGAAUCACCUUGUCAGGACCCUCGAGAAUCAGAUUUAAGGUACAGGUCGCGUUCUUACUCACAGCAGCAGCACGUCUUGUCUUCGUCAGUGGACGUGCCGUGCUCUUCAUUACGGACACGGUCAUUUUUUUCUUCAAACCAGCAGCGGCCCAGAAGAUGCAAACGACUCUCCUCAGCACCACUGCAAGCACACACCAAACGUGCAGCACCACGAGCACUACGCACACAGUGCUGUGUAGCCUCAUCCACCAGUUCAGAUGAUGACAGUAACAGUACAGAUGAAGACAAAGAUGUGUUAUGUAGCAAUGCUGGGGCCGCCUCCCAGCCUCUCUUGGGUCUCAUGGAGGUGGUGAACCUGCAGCAGUUUGAUGGGUCGUGGAAGCUGAAGGACGCAGCGCACCUCACCGCCGUGCCUCUUGAUGGUCUCUCUGCCGCCAAUCCCGCCAAGGGCGAGGCAGCCUGGGCCACAGCGCUGGUGCUGGUGCUGCUAGAGAGAAAGUUUGGUGACCAGAGGGAGGAGUGGGAGCUGCUGGCCACCAAGGGGCGUGCUUUCCUGGUUGGGUGUGGGGAGCAGCCCGAGGAAAUGCUGGCCAAGGCUCGACUCACGCUGGACUCCCAGUGAUUACCCAUGGACGCAAGGUAGUGGCAGUGGUGACUUCCCCACAGGAUCGGCCGGCAGCCAUUGCUGAGAGACAUAGUCAGAAACACUCUGCUCUCUCACCAUGACUAGUUUCCAAGGCCACAGAGAUGAUUAGCCUGGUUCUCAGGAAUGUUUUUUUCUGAUAAUAAGGUAGAAAUGUUGUUAAUCUGCCACUAGAACUGUAAAAACACCCUUAGAAGCCUGCGUCACUUCAACAAGAGCCUUUUAAAAGUAGUGAAGGUGUGGUGUGGAAGUGUUUGAGAGUACAGUCCUGAAAGCCGUGGUGGAGCUGUGUAGUGUGGCAGUGGUGGGCUCACUGUCACUGGGGUGUUAUGCCACACACUUCUUGCGCCACUCAGUCAGGCUUGCAAUGUCCUAGUUUUCAUAGUAUACCCAAAUUUCAUAAUUUUCAUGAAAUUUGGAUAUAGUUUUUGCACACACACACACACACACACACACACACACACAUACACACACACAUGGUCUUAGAGUUAAAGAGAAAUUGGAAAUGCUCAUGAAUGAGAUCAAACUUAUGAGAAAGGACUUUGAGGCUAAAUUUCCCCAGCUGGAGGUCAAGAAUAACCUCCUGAGAGAGAAAUGUGAAUACUUGACUAAGACGACUCAGGGAAAAGCUGAAAAGAAAUCUGAAGGAACUGUGGAUGAAAGCAAAUUAAAUGAACUGAGAGAUGCCUGGAAGAAGGCAAACAAAGAUGAGAAGGUGAGUUUCAUCGAAUUAGUUCACAAUCAAAUAGAGGAGGAGACAAAAGACACAGUAGUCAAAGUAAUUGAGGAGAAAGAAGCUAUGAUGAGGGACACACUGGAAAAGAAGAAAUAUGUUAUCACGUUUGACCUUUAAGAGAAAAAGAAUCCAGCAAGAUAUGCAAGGGAGAGGGAAGAAAAGAGUUGGCAGGAAAAAUCAUUAGAGCAGUCCGGGAGGAAAUAGAGGAAGUACAUAGGAUUGGAAAAUAAACAGAGGGAGGCCAGAGACCACUGAAGGUGAGAAUGAUGUCACAGGUCACAGCAAAGGAAAUCCUGACAAAGGUAGGAACACUUUCCAAGAAUACCGACUACAAGAACGUAUGGUUAAAGAGAGACGUGAAUCUUAAUGAGAAAAAGAAUGAAGGCCAAGAAAUAAAGCUAAGAAAAAAAACAAGAAAAGUACAGGAGAUGGAGAAGAGGAGUUUUUCCUUUUACAUUUCCACUGGAAUGCAGUGGAAAUGUGGCACAGAAGUAUUAGAGUAUACUUCUCAGUUCAGAGUUUAACACAACACUACACACCAUGGAAGGCACAACAGAAAUCAUUUACAUGCACAUUCAAGAAAGGAAAAGAAUUGAAAGAAGCAGAUUGUUUAACUCCUAGCCAGUAUGGUAUGUGGGGAUGCCUGUGGGAGAAUACUCAUGCUUCUUAUUGGUUUGACAAAUAACAAAAAGCAGGACAAGAUGGAUAGCUAGCCUUCUCACACCCUUGUCUCUGGUGCAUAGCAGUUCCUGAGUACGGCACGCGGGGCGGCCCAGACAAGGCACACACACACACACACACACACACACACACACACACACACACAUUCACACUGCCCCGUCAGCCCCUGGUGGAAAGGGACAGUUUGGUGGCUCACCCUACUACAUCACAAUAUACUGGAUAUAAAUUGAGAAUGGAGCAAAAAUGGUUUCCUUCUGUGCGUAAAUAGAAAAGUUUCUUGCCAUUAAUUAUGUACAAUAUAUACAUAAGAAAAUAUGUAUAGUAUAACCCCAGCCAUCCGGCACCAAUGGGGGGCAGUGUGUUCCGGAUAGCUGGAUUUUACGGUUGGUUGAGUUACUCUUAUUAUAAGUAUUCAAUUUUCAGCAAGAACCGAAGUAAAAUACUAUACACAAGUACUUGUAUGACAGAUACAAAUGAAAAAAAAUGAAUAAAUAAAUAGAUAAAGAUUGUACUUACUGAUGUGUUGACAGUCAGGAUACACACUAAUGAUCCUUAUUCACUACUGCAUAUAUGUCUUGUAAAACUAGUUUCUUAACAUUAAUUUCAUUGAUAUGUAUCACUAGUCAGAUGAAGGUAAGGGGUUAUCAGGGUUUUCUUCCACAAGCAUAAGCCUGUCAACCAGUGCAGGCUCCGACACCGACAUGUUGAUGUUUGCUCUGACACAACCAAUGUUUACGUUUACAUUUGACUGGGACCUUCGGCAUGGCGUGCUAUUAAGGAAACUGUAUGGAUACCCGGCAAAAACACUCGACUAACAACUUGUUGUAUAUGCAAGUGGAGGGGAAACAAAACAUUCCACUCCCUCUGCUUGCCUGGCGCCAAUUUCAAAUGUUCGUGAUUUUUAGAGUACCUGUUAUUUUAUUUAUCUAUUUUCCGCAGAAAAAAAUAAAUAAAUAGAAAAGUAAAUAAAUCCAGUUGUUUGAGAAUUUCAGAUAACUGAAUACCGGAUAACAGGGGUUAUGCUGUGUUAGACAUAAGCUGUCGAGCCGAGGCUCCCUGACAGAUAUACUUUAUUAUAAUCAAAAUUUUACAUGGCUGAGUAUCAUCUAUGACUUACAUUAUAUUUACAAUUUACAAGUAAAACACGAAAACAUGGUAAAUAUACCAAGUAAAUGUAGCUAGUUAUGUGACUGGAAAAUUUGUAAAUCAAACA